AUGGCAAAGCGACACGCAGAGUCUGGGUCUGAGACCUCUGAUAUCGAGCUCUCUGGAUCAGAAUCUUCGGAUGACCAAGUCGAUAUAUUUGAUGCAUUGACGAAAUCUGGGACAGGCAAAGGGAAGCAUAAACAAGUGGAGGAAAGCGACAUUGAAGAAGAUGAUGAUGCACAAUUCAUUCAGCGGGCGAUUGAAAAGCGCAACAAGAAGGGCGGAACCGAAGUAAUCAAGGCUGUGAGCUCUAAGGGAAAGCUAGCAAAGGGCGCUGUUGGAGGCGGCAGUUUCCAGAGCAUGGGCCUCAAUCCUUCACUUUUACGUUCUCUUCUCCUUCGAGGGUUCAAAACACCUACCCCAAUUCAGCGCCAAUCAAUACCAAUUCUCCUGUCUACACCUCCCCGAGAUCUGGUUGGUAUGGCACGAACGGGAUCCGGCAAAACCCUUGCAUAUAUGGUUCCUCUUGUCCAGCGUCUUGGAGGGCGGCAUGCUACUGCUUUUGGAGCUCGUGCCCUGAUAUUGGUCCCGGCUCGUGAGCUUGCACUUCAGGUACUCAAGGUCGGCAAAGAUCUUGUUCGAGGGUGGCACUCUGACGGAGGUGCCCACGCUGGAGACCGGGACGCAGAUGAGUCUAUUGCCGAAACUAGCACAGGAAAGGGAUCUGGUCAAAACCUUAGAUGGGGAUUAGUAGUUGGAGGGGAAGGAAUGGAUGAACAAUUCGAGAUGAUAAGCAGCAAUCCAGAUGUGAUCAUUGCUACCCCCGGUCGUUUACUUCACUUAGCAGUCGAAAUGAACCUCGAUCUGCGUUCAGUGCAGUAUGUAGUCUUCGACGAAGCCGAUCGCCUAUUCGAACUUGGUUUCGCAACCGCACUUCAAGAAAUACUGCAUCGACUUCCUCCAUCCAGACAAACUGUUUUGUUCUCCGCUACCCUUCCCAAGAACUUGGUCGAAUUUGCCAAAGCAGGCCUUCAGGACCCAAAGCUAGUUCGACUUGACUCGGAGAGCAAGAUUAGCUCGGACUUGAGAAUGGCAUUCUUCUCAAUUAAGCAAGAAGAAAAAGAGGCGGCUUUGCUUUCUCUCCUCCGAGACGUCAUCAAAGUACCCCUUGGAGAACCAGUUGAUGAUCCACAGCCAGAAGAGUCCGGAGACAAAAAGAACAAAACAAAAAACAAAAUCCGUCCGGACAUUCCAGCAGAGCCGCAUCAAACUCUCAUAUUUACCGCUACCAAACACCACGUCGAGCAUAUUUCCAGCCUUCUGACUGCCGCAGGAUACAGCGUCGCCCACAUCUAUGGUUCGUUGGAUCAAGCCGCUCGAACACAUCACAUGAACCGGUUCCGAAGGGGCCGGGCUCGAAUACUGGUGGUCACGGACGUUGCUGCUCGUGGUAUUGAUAUCCCGGUUCUAGAGAACGUGGUCAAUUACGACUUCCCCAUGGGCGCAAGAGUUUUCGUUCAUCGAGUAGGUCGAACUGCAAGAGCUGGACAAAAGGGUUGGGCAUGGAGUUUUAUAUCGCAUUCAGAGCUCCCCUAUCUUUUGGACCUCCAACUUUUCCUCGGAAGACCUCUGGUAUCCCGUCUCAAAGGAGAAGCACGGAACGAAAGCGCAUAUACAACAAAUCUCGUACUGGGCACAUUCUUACGAAGUUACAUAGACGAAGCAAUAGAGUCCAUUCGAUCCUUGGAUCAGCUGGAUGCUUCCUUACCUUCGUUGCGUGAGGUCAUGAAGCGUGGGCACGGGCUCUAUAUGCGUACACAAGGCAAGGCCAGUACGGCAAGCUAUGCUCGGGCCAAAACCAUGGUCAAAGAUACGACCGGCACUUGGAGUCUAGCAGGGGGAGAAAGCGAAGGCGCGGGAAUCCAUCCUGUUUUCGAGUUGGUAGGAAACGAUAAAUCCAACCAGGACGACUCGGUCGACAAGGAAGGGAACAGCGAGACCGCGGUAGAGGCUGCACGGUUGGCCAUGUUAAAAGUCGUAAAUGGAUUCCGACCUGCGGAAACAGUGUUUGAGAUCGGAACUCGGGGGAAGCAAGCGGCUGGAGCGGGUUUAAUGAAGGACAGGAGGAAGGCUCUGGCAAAGGCGCAGCUGAGGGUUGGUGCGACAAGUACCGCUGCCGACGAGGAUUCGGAUGAGGUACCUGAUGAGGGUAACGAAAUUGGCGGAGUGGAGUUGGAGAUGGCAAACGAAGAUGACAUCGAGUCUGCAUUUGGAGGGUUGAAAAAGCGAAAGAGAAACCAUAAGGAUGAGGAAUAUUUUAUGUCUCAUUACCAGAAAGAUGCAUAUACAGAGAAGGGGUACUCUCUCCGGGAUGGCGCCACGUUUGCUGAACAAGCUCGCAAUGCAACUUUCGACUUGACAACUGACGAAGCACUCACAGGUCGGCAGCGUCACGACAAGCAACUCAACUGGGACGCCAAAAAGAAGAAGUUUGUUAAAGGCUCAGGAGAGGGUGCGGACAACGUCAAGAUCGUCAAGACCGAGUCGGGUGCAAGACUCCCCGCAACAUACCGCAGCGGCCGGUUCGAGGAAUGGAAAGCUAAGACAAAGACUUCGUUGCCCAAGAUUGGCGAGUCAGAGAGCGAAAGAAGAUUUACAGGUGGCACGAAGGGCGGAAGAUUGGCUGGUAAAAAGUUCGUACACCAGGGAAAGACAGAUGCUAAGCCACUAGAUCCUCUUUCACUGGGGUACGAACGAAAGCUGAGACAGAUGAAGAAACGCGGGGAGAAAGAGAAAGCAUUUGAAGACGAUGGAGAUGUGGGCGGGAGCCGCGGUGGAAAAGGUAGCAAGCACGGGAAAGGAACAAAGAACCCCAAGAAUGCUGUGGGCAAGCGUUAUGGAGGGAAGAGCAUGGGUCGUGUCAAGAAUGAACUUAAAAGUGCCGACCAGAUUCGUAAAUCCCGGGAGGCAAUGGCUAAGAAGAAGGCAAAGAAUGCGAGACCUAGCAAGAAAGGGAAAGGGCGACGGUAA